UUUUCACCUUCUUGCAUCUCUGGGAUGUUCUCAGGAGGGAUGUGUAGCCAACAGUUUUAGCAGUGAGCUCAUCAUUUUCUAAUGUAGCAGCAGGGGAGACAGCAUAGCAUGAGAAAAGGCAGAGGGAAGGAGGAGUCUGAACAGUCGUUACAUCAUUUGUUAGUGUUAGAAACAGAUUUAUUGUCCUCUGGAGAAUCUCUGCCUGGUUGUGUAUAUAUGCGAGCUGAACGUACAGGAGGGAAAUAGCAACGGCUGACACAGGAGGAGGAGAGGAACAUUUCUUAUCAGGAUAUUUGAACCUUCUCAACCAUCAUGUCUCAACCAGGUCAGGAAGAGGAUGAACAAAUGCAGCGUCCUGAAGUGACAGAAGAGGAUCUCACUGAGGCAAAGGACAAACUGGGCAGUGGUGGGCCAGCAAAGAGCAAGACGUUUGAAGUAAUGGAGGAGUGCGCGAAAGUGGGGAAAGCUGCUCCCUCUGUGUUCAGUGGCGUGAGGUCCGGAGCAGAGACGGUUUUCAACACACGUUCAGCUGGACCCGUCAGAAAGUAGCAGGGUGACAUCAACACAUGUUCCAUGUUAGGGGGGUUUGACAUGAGUUGAUUUACAGCUGUACUUCAGUCUGUGAAUAAUACUGUUGAAAGAUCGUUUUAGUGGCCUGGUUUUGUUUAUCUCUGUCCUGCUUGUGUUUUGGCACUUGACUGGUUUCUCUAGGUUUACUUUAAAGGUAUAGUGUUGUAGAACUUUGUGAUUUUUGUGUUGGAAUUGCAUGUAGCAGCUGAUCACCCCUCACCUCUCCCUCCCCUUCUAAACAUGAAAAAGAACCUGUGGUGAACUUCAGUUGUCAUAAAAACUCAAAAGGUGUUUAGUUUGUUCAGUCUGGACUAAUGUAAAAAACAUGGCUCCUCCGUAGAGAGGGUCCCCUCCAUGUAAAUAUAAAGUAUUUAAAUAUAAAGGGAAAACUACAAUUCAUACAAUUUAGAUGAAAUGAACUAGUGAAAACAUCAUGAGGAUUAUUCUACACUAAAUUUCCGUUUCACCUAAAUCUUACACACUGGACCUUUAAGACUUUAUAACAUUUUCUAAAAACUGCAAUGAAUGAAAUUUAAGAGUUAUGUUGCGUUAGAUAUGAAAAAAUAUCAGAGACCAAGAAUAAUUGAUAUUUCUGUUAUUGAAGAUUAGGUGAAGUAGCCUAAUCUCCAAACUACAGACACAGUAGGUCUCCAUAUUCUUUGUCCCGGCCAAGCCAAGUGCACAUUGAUCCUGUUUGUAAGUUUUCUUUUGUGUGUAAACAAAUCUGAAACCCACAACUGCUAAAAAAAACUCAGCAUUUCAUUGCCAGCGACUGCUUAAUGUAAUAGUUGUGCAUAUGACAAUAAACCCUUGAAUCUUGAGGUUAAAUAACAAAGGUCAAUCUAUGCAUGUCGCUACAGCAAAAAGCUCAUUUCAAAGCACGACAGAAGUAGUUUUAAAUGAACCUUAACAUAAUCAAGACCUAUCUAAAUGUAUGUAAUGACUUGUACAUAUAAUUUUAACAAACUCAAGUCUUUUUUCAGGCCUAAAAUUCAGUAAUUAAAUUUACUUUUUAAGACCCUGCAGAAACCCUGACUUAAACAGUUUAGUUAUCGAAUGUUCUUCAAUUAAUUUCUGUAUAAAUAUGAGUUUUUUUAAUUAGUCU